AUGUCAUCUACCACCAAUUCACUUGACACCGACCAGAAUAUGGCCGCUCCUAAUAAUGGAGACACACCAGCCUUGUUCCAACUCCUUGCGCAGCUCGUACAAGGACAACAAGAUUUCGGACAAGCGGUGACUCAAAUUUUAAAUCAACCAGCAUCAGCACCACAGACACAGCCUGCGGCACCUCCCAAGGCAUCAGUCGCAGAGCCUGAUGUCUAUGACAGAAAAUACGACACCUUUGAUCCUUUUAUGAGCCAGCUCUAUUUAUUGUUCUCUGCCAAACUGGCCGUCUAUGUUAACGACCAGAUGAAGAUUGUCACUGCCUUAUCCUUUAUGAAAAAAGGCUUUGCAGGAACUUGGGCGACCAACAUUACAAAGCAGCUGAGAGAGGGAACUGUUACAUUCGCAAGCUGGACGGCGUUCAAGAGGAAGUUGAAAGAAGAGUUUGAUGAUCUAAAUAAGAAGCAAGCCGCUCAAGUAAAGCUACAUGCAAAGUUCGACCAGCUUGCGACUCUUGCAGGAUUCAAUGACGAAGCCCUGCUUGAUGUUUUACAGCAGAACCUUGACAAGCUGACCUUUGACGCGAUUGUAGCAGUGCCACAGGUCGACCGAACUCUGGCGGCCUGGAGGGAUUAUGUGAAGAGCUAUGAUAGGAACAAGAGGGCAAAUGAGAGGAGUGAAGGAGAAACCCCGAGUGGAAGGAGAUUUGGAGACGGAUGA